AAACUCAUCUCGACUCGUCGUCUCCAUCAUCCCUCCAUCUCUCCAUCCCUCCAUCCCAUCCAUCCUCCUCAUCUCAACACGUCCCAGCACUGCCCUCGGUCCCCCUCCCCCUCCUGCCCUGCCCUGCCUGCCCAUCACACACGCCACGCCCACAGGCCCCAGCUAUCCACCCCGCACCAUGCCCUCCGUCCUCCUCUUCUCCGGCCUGCCGCUCGACGUGCGCGAAGCCGAUUUGGCGGAACUGCUCACCGCCGAGCCCACCCGCCUCCCGGCAUCCAGCGUCGCCGUCACCGCGCUGUACAACCAGCACGGGACGUUCCUCGGCACGUUUCUCGUCGAGGUCGGGUCUGACGGCGAGGCGGAGCGCGUGCGCCGCCAGUUCUCGGGGCAGGUCAUUGAUGGAUCACACACCCUCGCGGUUCACCACGUCCUCCCCUCGACGGCCGAACACCCCUCCGCUGCGCCGCCGCGCGCCCUGAUUCCGCCGUUUGGCGCGCAGCCCGCGCCAAAGCCCAGCGUCAAGGGCCGAAUCACGCCCGCAAUGCCCGCGCCCGUCGCGGCCAAGCCCCGGGCCAAGCCGGCGCCGAAGGGCCAGAGCCAGAGCCAGAGCCAGAGCCAAGAGGAGCGCGCGCCGGGGCUCAAGCUCCUCUCGCGGCUCGGGAAGGGGGGCAAGGCCGGCGAGAAGGAGCGCCAGAAGCAGCUCUUGGAGAAACAGCGCAAGGCCGUCGCAAAGUCCAAUCCGGGCGAGGUAUUGCUUUUGCGUCUCGCUAAGCCGGCAAAGGGCAGCCCGGCGGCGAAGAAGGCGGCGGCGCAUGUCCAGAGCAAGAAGGCUGGUGCGAAGGGCGCUGACAAGGUGUCGCGCGCAAAAAAAGCAGCCGCCAAACCCGCGGCUAUGGAUGUGGACAAGGCGCCAAAGCCCAAGCCGCAGGAGAAGCCCAAGCCUAAGACCCAGACCGAGCUCGACGAGGAGAUGAAGGCGUACGAGCGCCAGCGUCGCUUCGCAUAGCACUCUAUUGUGUGUACGAAUGCAUUUAUGUACAACCGAGAGCUUUUGUGAUGUCCA